AUCAAGUCUUCACACAACAAUCAAGUCUUCACACAACAAUCAAGUCUACUCAACUUCCAACUUUCAACACAACAAUCCAACAACUCAAAACACCAACAAACCAUCAAAAUGCAAUUCACCACCGUCUCCAUCCUCUCCGCCCUUUCCGCCCUCGCGGCCGUCGAGGCUCACUCCGACACCAUCUGGCACGUCACCGACCUGAAUGCCGGCUGCCGCUCCAGCUCGGACUGCAGCUACCUCUUCAACAUCGUCGGCGACAAGUCCGACAAGUCCGAUUUCACUCCCGGUUUCAGCGCCCAGUGCACCGCUCGAACGCAGCAACUCGACGACUCUCCCCGCCCGUGCACCCUCGUCGGCAGUCGGAAGAGCGGCAAGUACAACGUCGACGAGGUCAACGCCUACGUGUCGCAGACCUUGAGCGAUGAGCGCGGCUCCGAGACGCACUUUGAUGUGGAGGUCAAGUUCAACGACGGGUCCGCGAAAUACAUCUACCAUGCCGGCAAGACCCAGAACUACGACGACUUCGUGGCCGCCAAGAACUUCGACAUCUACCCCAUCGCUGAGCAGGGCUCUGCGAAGUAGAUGAUGAGGAAUGGGAGUUGCAGGGGCUCUUGAAGAUGAUGGGAGAGAUGAGAUGGGAGGAGUUGAUGCGGAUGGAUGAGGGAGUCAGAUUGUAUGCGACUGAAGUUUUGUACACUGCCUUUGCUUUUCGAAACGAGUCUUUGUU